CUUGUGCAGAACGGACAGUCAACACGGUUGCCGGUACCGAGCAAUACAAACGCAUGAGUAAUAAAUUAAAAAAAGUGGUUUCAAUAAAAAAAAAAUCAAUGAAAUAAUAUUUAAUAAAUUCACGGCGAGAAAGUCAAUAGCACACAGGCCUGCAGGAUAUUUGCCGUGAACGCAGGUGUUGCAAUAAGUGCGAGCAAAGUGAACGACAGCAACAAGUGCGGCGAAAUUGCGCGCUAAAACGCCAGCGACACACAUGCGCAUACGCACCGUUAUCCUGCGGUCGAUUUUUGAGGCAUUUCAUACAUGGAGACAUACAGACAGCACAAGCAAUAAGCGACGUUAAUGCGCGUUAAAUUGAAAUUCAAUGAAGUGAAGAAAAUUAACGAAAAUUCAAGUGAGCUUGAAAUAGAUUGCUCGGGCGUUAUUUUUUUAGAUUAAAUUAAUAUCAAAGUUUGCAGUAAAGACUGCGUUGCAUAAAAGAAAAAAUUUCCGAAAAAAAUUAAAAUACAUUUUGGUCAUCUUCGAUUUAUGAAUUUUGCAGUACUAAUCAACAACAACUAAAACAAAAAACAGCGCCAGCAUGUCUUUCGAUAUACCGUUCGGCGAUCAGAUGCGCAUUGCAUUAAGCUAUGUAAAAUUCAAAACUAAUCAGAGGCGCAUGCGCACAAAUGAAAAGGUUGUGACCGACACAAUUUACGGCAAAGUAAAGGGCGUCAAAUGGCAUUCGGUCUACGGAGGUUCUUAUUAUAGUUUUGAGGGUAUUCCCUUCGCGAAGCCACCGAUUGGACGUUUGCGCUUUAGAGCACCCGAAGAGCCCGAACCGUGGACGGAUGUUCGGCGCUGCACGCGUGAACACCUCAAACCAUGUCAAUACAAUAUUAUACUGAAGCAGGUGCAAGGCCGUGAGGAUUGCCUCUAUUUGAAUGUGUUCACAAAAACGCUGCAUCCGCAGAAGCCGAUGCCGGUUUUGGUUUGGAUCUAUGGUGGUGGUUUUCAAAUGGGCGAAGCUUCGCGUGAUAUGUACAGUCCUGACUACUUCAUGAUGGAGAAUGUUGUAGUCAUUACCAUCACAUACCGUUUGGGUCCACUGGGCUUCCUCGUGCUGGAGGACCCCGAGCUGGAUGUGCCUGGCAAUGCCGGUCUCAAAGACCAAGUGAUGGCCUUAAGAUGGGUUAAGCGCAAUUGCCAAUUCUUUGGUGGUGAUCCUGAUAAUAUCACAGUGUUUGGCGAAAGCGCUGGUGCUGCCUCAACACACUACAUGAUGCUGACCGAACAAGCUCGUGAUCUAUUUCACAAGUGCGUCUUAAUGUCUGGUACCGCACUGGCACCAUGGGCCAAUAUACCUCAAUACAAUUGGGCUUAUCGAUUGGCGAAAGCCACUGGUUACCGCGGCGAAAAUGAAGAUCGGCAAGUUUUCGAACACUUGCAGCACUGCAAAGCGAGCAGCUUGGUGAAGGUAUGCGAAGAUCUGCUCACCAGUGAUGAGCGUCAUCAAAGGAUGAUGUUCAGUUUUGGGCCGACAGUAGAGCCAUACGUGAGCAAACAUUGUGUUAUACCGCGUCCACCUUUAGAAAUGAUGCGUAGUGCUUGGGGCAAUGAAAUACCCUUGCUAAUUGGUGGCAAUAGUUCAGAGGGUCUGCUAAUGUUCACCGAGGCGCGCAAAUAUCCGGAACUAAUGCACAAAUUGAGUAAAGAUGCCACAUAUUUGGUGCCGGACGAUGCGAAUGUGAAUAUGGCCCAGCGAAAGGAUUACGGCGAGAAGUUGUUGCGUCUGCAUUUCGGCGACAAUGAACCUCGUUGGGAAACGGUAUUGCAGUAUGCCGAUAUCUUCUCUUACAAAUACUUUUGGCAUGGCAUCCAUCGUACGUUACUUUCACGGCUUCAUCACGCCAAUUCGCCUACUUACCUCUAUCGUUUCGAUUUCGAUUCGAAGCACUUCAAUUUCAUGCGCAUCAUCACCUGUGGUCGCAACGUGCGCGGCACCUGUCACGCUGACGAUCUCUCUUACUUAUUCUACAAUGCGGGUGCCAAGAAGCUGAAACAACGCAGUGCCGAAUUUCGCACCAUUCGCCGAUUGACCACAAUGCUAGUGCGUUUCGCUGAAUGCGGCAAUCCAAAUAUACCGAUGAAUGAAGGGCACGACCACAGCUACCAUUAUCACCAUCACCAUCGGCAACCGGCGCACCACAUGCAACCAGUUCAGGCCAGUAAUCAAAAUGGCAGUAGCAAUGCGCUUCAAAAUGUGCAACACAAGGCAAAUGGUGAUGGGCACGAACACCAUAGCCGAGAGCACAGUACGGACGGCAGUUUUGAUGAUAGCGUCAGCGACGGCAUCGAGCCGGCACUGGAGGUGAAGGCGGCAUUGACGAAAAAUGAAACGCCACCACAAGAGACAUGGCUGCCGGUAUCACGCGACUCGCACAUAUUCAAAUGCUUGAAUAUCUCCGAUGAGUUGGAGGUGAUAGAUCUGCCCGAGGCAGAAAAGCUGCGUUUGUGGGAUGAAAUGUACACAGAUAAAGCCCUACUCUAUUGAGUUCGUGCUUAUUUCGGGCGCGUAAUUGCGUUUUCCCGUCUGCUGUGUGGUUUGGUUUGUUGCUUAGCCACUUCGUUUGACAGUUGAGAGAAUUUGCUUGUGAUGGGUUGGCCGCACGUGAUGUAACUACAGACAUGGCGUAUUUAAAUGUAUGUGUUUCAUAGGAAGCCUUGGAAGGUGUUUCAAAAUACAUCCCUCAUAUGUGAUAUUAAGUGAAAAAUAUACCUAAACUCUGUACGAUCAGUGUUAGUUAUUUUGUACUGUUAAGCAGUUCGAACUUUAUUUAUUUGUAUAACAGUUUCAUAUAUUAGC